AUGUCACAGAAUUCUGCCAUCCCCGUCACUCCUCGGAGGAGUCAUAUCAAACGUUCGCCUCGCUCCCUAUCUGCUAAUUUAGGAGCAAAUAGGCCUGAGUCUAGUAGCGAAGAUGAAGUUGACCUGCCAUCCACUCCCCAAACUGCUGGGCUACCAGGAGGUAAGUCUCUGACAAUCUCAUUCUUAUUUCCCACAAGAUCAAGUUGGUCUUUUCCCCAACCAUUGUGAGUCUGCAUAUCUAAUCUUUCCCGCGUACUCCGCCAUUUAUGAUGCUUAGGAUAUGGUUUGCUUCCCUAGGCCCUGAUUUUUUUUUCCCUUUUUUAUCCCCUUCCCCCACAUCUCUCCCCUCGUGUUGGGGCUCAGGGCUCACCGUUUUCAUGACCGCGGGAAAUGAGACACAUCGCUUCCCAAGAAUCUUUUUACCCCAAUGGGGCCUAGAGAAAUUCCGUGCUCGUCCCUUUCUCUUUCUGUUACGGAUUAUUGGGAAUCUAUCUCCCUAAUCUACUACCUCACAAUGUGAUGGGGAAAAAAAGACUGUCUCCUUAAUUUUUGCACAAUUGGCUGAUCACCCAUGGGAUAGGAGCCCUUAGUCUGAGACGCCGUGGGAAGACAAUGUCGAGCCUUGAAGAUGGCGAUGACCCCUUGCCAUCCUUUCUGCAUUCUGUUCCUCUCAACCUGGGCGGAGAGAGCAAUAGGCAAUUCUCGAGAGUCCUUUUCAAUCAAUCACGGGAGGUUGAAAUUAAGGAUUCCGAAUCUGAUAACGACACAGAGUUCUUCGCUCCUCAUGAGGAUAACCCUAUCACCCUAUUACCGGAGGCCAAUCUUCAAAUUACACAAGCGAAUAUAGACUUUGAAACAUUGGAGGCCGGAAUUGAGAGAGGCCCCGAGGAUCUGGCAGCACGUGGAUUACCCUCAGCAUGCGUCUUUGUGGCAAAGUGGGUCAUAUUCCUAAACCCGAAUUCAGGACUCUUGAUUCCCUAACUAUAUAAUAGUCUCGCUGCUACCCAGUCGGAUGAGGAGCUAAUGAAAAGCCUUCAAGCCCAUUUUUCCAAGUUCGGCCGACUCCACGUCAAAAUCCGCAGGGACAGUAAGGGGAAUCCUUACAGUUUCUGUCAAUUUGAGGUAUGGUCAUGCCCUCCGGUACCUAAGUGAUCAGAACUAACCCCGGUUUAGACUGAUGAAGUUGCCAGAAAAGCCAUUAGGGAGGGCAGAGCUAGAAUUAUCGAUUCUUCUGGUCGGCCAAUACGCUGUGAGCCGGCAAAGGUCAACAGAACCCUCGUGCUCGGCAAGAGCGACAGCAGUAUCUUUCACGGCCACGAGGUAGUUGAUAUGCUGCAUGGAUUUGGCCCAUUGGAGUCUGUCGAAUUUACCAAUGGCUCAACAACCAUGCCAUUAUUUGGUCUAACAUCAGGAAACAAAUGCUAUGUUAGAUUUCAGUUCCGCCAAGAUGCAGUUGAUAGUUUUCAGGUAUAACCGACCUACGUUCUCCUAUGUUCAUUCUUGGGUGCUGACAUUCGCUUUCAAUCAUAGUCAUUGCGUCUCAAUAGUCACUGGGUCUCCGAUUGGACAAGCAAUUUUUCUGCUCAGAACAUGAGCAUGGCCUUGCGCUGUGACCAGCACACCGAGAUCGACGCAUUCUCAAUCUUUGUCGGAAAACUCAACCCCCAGAUAACAGAUAACGAGCUCAGGGCCCGUUUUUCCGCACACGGGAAGAUCAUCGAUUGCAAUUUGGUCAAAAGGCAGGCCAAGCAAGGCACGGCUUCUGAAUCAUCAGAUAUAUGUUCGCUACUAACGCGCUUCGGAUUAGGCAUCAAUACGUUCGCAUUCAUACGAUACGAGACAGAAAAAAUGGCGGAUACCGCCAUCGCGGCCGAGGUAAGUUUCCUAGCCCGCGCCUUGAGGAUUAAUCUUACCUCUAGCUAACGGCGAUCAGAAUGGAUCAGAAUUGAUGGGUAAAAAAAUCCAUGUCCAGCAACGGGAAAUACACUACAAGCCACAAACUAUCGGGAUACCAGCCGGGCAUCGGUAUAAACGGGAAACCAGCCUUACCACCGAGGCUAUUACAGAGCCAGAGGUUCCCAACAAAAUUCCCCAAUAUCCACUAGUCCAGCAGUAUCAGUUUCAAGGUGUCUCCCUCGCUCCGACUCUGCACUAUUCUAAUAGCAUUCAUAUGGAUCAAAUGGACCCAGAACGUCACUUCUCCAUUGCCAGUCCGGUGAUCCCAGUUAUCCCGCAAUUUCACGUCAUGAACUACCACAAUCAUGUAAGCUCACCCCCCCCCCCCAGAGCAUGCCCCCAAAGCUAACAAGAGGCAAUAGUAUGGUUCGCAUGUGAUGGCUUCCCGCCAUCCUGGAAAUUUCCCGGUGGCGCCGCACCCCUAUCCACCCAACUCCCCGACUGGAUACCCAUUUCCUCCAUACACCCCUUAUGUUCCACAAUAUCAUAAUCCGGGUCAAGGCUACAAUUUCCCAAACCAGGAACUCCCAGAUGCCGACGAGAUGCAUGGGAAUUGGGGGGCUGUUAGGCAACAGAGGAUCUCUGCUGGCCACCCUUCAGUCAUAUCGGAGGCCGUUUCUCCUCGAACUAAAGCCGGUACUUUAAAGUUGGAGAAUCUUACCGAUGCCAACUUCAAUGAGGCUUCCAACCCGCAACCCUUUUUGUCUAACGAGUAUCCUACUCAGCAACCAACCCCUGUGCAGAGCCACUACGAAUUCUACUCUGGGUCCUUUCCCCAGCCUCAGUUCCCCAGUGGGUAUCCCUUUGCUCCUGCGACUCCUGCACUAGCAGACAUUCCGAGAGAUAGUGUCAUGUCGAUUGGGUACGAUCCUGCUACCCUUCAGUAUGUUGGCCCUCGGUACCCGCCAUAUGCCAGCUCCCUUCACCAACAACAAUAUCCCCCUUCCAGAGAAGGUACAAACUAG